GUAGAAAAUGUCGAUGGAAGACCGGCGAAUGUUGGCUGUUUAUUGCGGAUUAUCCGAUGUUUUCUGUCACCCCAUGUACACGACGCUACAUGCUACACGAUGCACGACGAUUACGGGUAUUCGAGAAUGGUCCAAACAAAUAAAUAUUGCUUCGUCAAAGGAUGCAAUCACCAGAUCCAAAAAUAUCAUUGCAUAUAAUCCAGUAAUGGGCAGCAGCGAGACAGGCAACGACAAAAUCAACAAUUUGGCAACUGAAUCUAGCGUUAUGUUUGUUGAAGGAGUGUAGUUAUGGAAAGGUGAAGUUACGCACCCUUACAUCCUGCCAUUGAAUCUUGUAUUUGUAUUUUAUUUAUAUCAAUC